UCGCCAACGAAGGUUGAUGAAGUUCCAAGAAACAGAAAUAUAAUACAGAAAUUGGUCAGACCGAUAGAACAUCACACAGAAAGAAAUGGCCAGUAACAUUUCGGAACUAAAUACGGCCAACUUGUCGACUACAGUGCUCCUGCAGGGUUUAAUGAGUGUCAUCGUUCAUCCUCACUGGCGGAACUACACCCCCCUUCCCCACUCCGCGCACCUGUUAAUGGGAUCUAUGGUAUCACUGAUAGUUUUGUUCGCAGGCAUGGCCAAUAUUUGGGUUAUAGGAUGUUUCAUUAGAUAUAGGAGCCUCCGAAUUUCCUCUAAUCUACUGGUACUCAAUCUAGCCAUUACAGACACAUUCCUUGCCCUCGGAAACCUUCCUUGGCUCGCCAUAUCAAGCUUUAGGGGGGUCUGGAUUUUCGGAUACAUAGGCUGCCAAGUCUAUGGAUUUGUGGGAGCAAUGUCGGGCUUUAUUUCAAUCAACACUCUGGCAAUGAUAGCCAUUGAGAGGUUCUUCGUCAUUGUGAUACGAGAACCAUAUCGACACAUACGGACAUCAAAUAAAACUGUUCUCAUCAGCAUCAUGUUCAUCUGGAUCUACUCUUUUGUGUGGGCCAUUUGUCCAUUAAUUGGAUGGGGCUCGAUCAUUCUGGAAGGUUCCAUGACGUCAUGUACAUUUGACUUCUUUUCUCGUGACGUGAACACAAAAUCCUAUGUCGCAUCCAUUCUAGUGUUUUGUUUUACUGUUCAGCUGUUUCUGAUCAUCUGCUCAUACGUCAGAAUCUACCUCAAGGUCCUACAACACGAGAAAGAGAUUGUCAAUUGUUACAGUGACGGAAAUAACACGCUACAAAUCCAAAAUCGAAAAGUGAGAAAGUUUCGCAGUGUUCAUGUCAAAACAGCUAAAAUUUCUCUUGUGAUUAUCUCUAUUUUCUGUUUAUCAUGGACGCCUUACGCUGUGGUGGCCAUCAUCGGUAACUUUGGAGACGCCAGUGUUAUUACACCUCUGGCUUCCACAAUUCCAGGCGUGUUUGCCAAGCUUUCAACAGUUCUCAAUCCCAUGAUCUAUGCUUUGCUCCAUCCAAAAUUCAGAAACAAGCUUCCAUUCCGCAAGAAAAAAGUUCUCAAAGCAAAAAGCAACUUUCAAGCUUUAAUGAAAUUAGACAAUGAAAGUCCGCCGCACACUUCUUCCAGUUUAUCGAUACAAUUCAACGCUAAUACGCCAAAGGAAUUCCAUAGAGAAACUGUGGUUUAACAGCAACGUGAUAACAGCUUCGUUUUGUUGAAAAGCUGCCUUGUUCACAUGUUUAUUUGAAAGGAAAGCAGCUGGUCUUUACGACAUAUUUAAUUUGUUGAGUUUGUUUCGUUAAGUGUGCCUAAUGCAAUCAUUUCCAUGUGUCAAUAUUACUGUGAUGUUGUUUUUUUUUUUCAUGAAAAAAAUAUUCAUCUUAUAUCAGUUAAAUUGUGAAUUAUGAAUUCACGUAUUUUUGUAAUAAAUGUUAUUACUCAAUAAAAAAUUGAAAACAGUGGGAUAUAAUUUUUUAGA